GCCGGGAGCUGUGGUUUGUCCUGUUCUCGCUGGCGAGUGCGUUAACGACAACGACGGAGGCAAUAUGAGCGGUCACGGAGAGCACAACACUGAAGCCUUCAGGCAGUGGUUGCAUGAACGCAGAGGUUACAUCCAUCCAGACGUCUACUUAAAGCCUGGUAUGUGCCUGCACUUUUCUUUUGGCCUGAAUGUUGUUGCAAUGAGCAACAUUCCCGCGGAUGUUCAGAUCGUGUCUUGCCCGUUUAGCCUCGCAAUAACGCCGGAGGUCGCACGAAGGGCUCUUGCGGUAGUCUUCAGGGUCGACAGAUCUUCUCCAACGCUCGCGGGCUGGUCGGAGAGGCAGCUGGUAUGCUCGUAUAUUGUUAUGCAUCAUAUUCUGGAUGGUCAGAGUGCACCAUGCGAGCUGGCGCAUAGACCAUACAUAAACAUUCUACCAUCAACAGACAAGCUCAGAACAUCGCUACACUUUACACGUGAAGAACUCGAAUUCUUUCGAGGCACGAACCUGUAUGGCGCCACCUUUGACCGUCGAAAAGCCUGGGAGGAAGAAUGGGAAAUGUGCCGCUCGCGCAUCGCUAUCUCCAACUCGUAUCUCGCCCAUCGAUUCACCUGGGAACACUAUUUGACUGCAUCGACCUACCUAUCCUCGCGCGCGUUCCCCUCCACACUCCUGUCCGAUAACCCGACCCUGGUGUCUACCCCAGGGUCAUAUCCCGUCCUUCUUCCCGGAGUCGACUCGCUCAAUCAUGCUCGCGCGCAGCCAGUGUCAUGGGUAGUGAGCAAUCCGCAGCCGUCAGCUCCGUUAUCAGACUCGGAGCCGAGCAUCUCCCUGGCGCUCCAUACGCUUACUCCAGCAGGCGCCGAGCUCCUCAAUAACUACGGGCCAAAACCAAACGCCGAGCUUAUUCUCGGCUACGGCUUCACGCUCCCGAACAACCCCGAUGACACGAUUGUACUCAAAAUUGGCGGCGUGAAGUACGUGAACCCGACAUGGGAAGUCGGGCGCGACGCGCGGGGCGCCGGACCCGUCUGGGAUGCCGUCAAGGACGCCGUGCUCGCGCAGAACCGGCACGACGUCGACGAAGAAGAGCGUGCAACGUACUCUGCCGAGGAUGAGCUCUGGGCGACCGAGGUCCUUGUCGAGAUGGCGGAGGACCUCCUUGGACGUCUGCCGCCAAACUCGUCUGUGGCGAUCAGCGACGACGAACAGUCUGCGAUACGUCCCGAGGUAGCGCAGAUGCUGGACCAUUAUAUCGAAGGCCAGCGUGAUAUCCUGCACUCGCUCAUGGAGUUUGCGAAGGCGAAGGAGCAAGCCAUCAUAGAACGCGCGCGGGAAGAGGGUAUCGAAAUUGUUGAGGAACUGGUGACAUAGAUAUGUUGCGUACUCCUUAUGGACACCAUGUGCUUCUUGUUGCUUGGCUUACUCGUAUUUCAAUCAUCACCUAGCGAUACCCUUUGCCUUACGUUCUCUCACACUAUUCGAUCCUGCUCAUGGCAUUUUCCGUAC